UUCUUCUCUAUCCUUCGCUCACUGCCUCCCCCCCCUCCCUAUCAUGUAGAAGAUGGCUGGUCCCUUUUUGCUGGAGUGGCCUGGAAGGAAAAAUCAGACAGGUUUCCCUACCGCACGACUUCUCACUGCCCACGCCACUGCUUUUCCCUGCUGGGUCACUGCUAAAACCCAGGAGCUGAAGAGGUAAGGCUGGCAUCAAUCUAUGCAUUGCUCUUGCCAUACCUGGAGGGGUCAGGAGGGACAGACUGCUUUUGUCCGUGCAUUUUAUGCAAACCCUUCACUGCCACAAUGUCUCUCUUUCCAUUUCAUCCCAAAUCUCCUUUUCCAUUUCCUUACUGCUUACAUUCCUAUAAUAGAUACGCCUGUCCUCCUAUCACUCCUUGCUAGCUCUCCAUAUCACCAUUAUCUCCCCUCCCCCAUUUGUCUCUCUAUCCUUUCUUCUUUCUCCCUGCUUAAUCUCCCCUUCUCGCUUUAUAUCUACUUUAAAAUUCACUUCAUUCAUUCCCCCCCCCCCCCCUAAUAUUUUGUAGUACCACCACCCUGUAGGGAGCCAGAGACUCUGGGGGGGGGCAGAAGGGGGGAAGUAUGAAACACCAUUUCACUUGCCUUCCUGUAAGCCCAUAUUUGAUUAAGGCUAAUGGUUUAUUCACAUCAUUGUCUAUCAACCCUAAUUUCUGCUGAAACUGAUGGUUAGGCAUGUCUCUUCCAAAAGAGUAAGGACCAUUACAGUUUACAGGUAGCUCUGGCAGUGAAAGGGUUAAAGGCAUGAGCUAACCAAGAACAUAGAAUGUUGUAACACAUGUAUGUAUCCCCAAUCUUUACAAUGAACUCAUUUGAAAUGUAUCCUUCCAAGGGUGCUGUCAUUGCUUUGUACCACAUCACUGUCAUUUUCACCCAUGUUUUGCAGCAAAAAGAAGCCUAGUUUGGGCUAAUAUUCACUUGCACCAUUCACUUUCAUUGUGUGGCUGCUUCCCUACUAUAAACGUGAAAGAAGGGUUCUUUCUGUGUGUGCAAGGCCGAUGGCCAUUUAUCAGACACUAAUCUCUCUGGGGGGACUCUUUCACCUCACAUGGACUGUAUAUGAUAGGAAAGUGUCAGUGACAGCCAGGCUGCGUGUGCCAGGCCCCACUGGGCAGGCUGCAGGGUGACAGAGAGCUACAUCUAGGAUAAAGCAGCGGCCUGGUUAUUGUCACGCAUAAUAGAGAGGGGGAGGGUGGCCAAACAGAGACAGAGGAGGAGGGAGAAACAUGGGAGGUCAGAUACAGCACAAUGAUCACUGAUUCUGUUUUACCUAUUAUUAUUUAAUAUUUUAUUAUUUAUAAAGCGACAGCAAAUUCCGUAGCGCUGUACAAUGGGUGGACUAAUAGACAUGUAAUUGUAACCAGACAAAUGGACGCACAGGAACAGAGGGGUCGAGAGCCCUGCUCAAUGAGCUUACAUGCUAGAGGAUCUCUCCCCCACCUCUCAGUCUCAUAUCAUGUAUUAAUUAAUACAAAUUUUCAUUCCAGGGAGCAUGGGGGAUCUGUCCCUCAGGCUGUUAGUAUAGAUUGGUUUGUGAGCUGAUGUCUCACAGCACAAUACUACAUAUAUUAUGGUAGUAAAUUAUUGUAUUGCAGUAAUUGCAGUAUCAGUAUAAAAAAUACUCAAUAUAAAAUUAAGAAAGGGAGUAAAGUGUGACGUGACCAUUCCACAAUCUGAAUUCAUCUAGUCACUUUUUCUUUAGCAGACCAGACAUUCCUUAAAUCCCAUUACAAGCUCCAUGCAUUUCUUGUUUGAUAAUUUUUAACUCAAUUGUGGUCUCGAUUUUGGUUCUUAUUUUCUUUUGCAAGCAAACGCCACGAGUCUUUCUGCCGAAUUCUGCGCCAAAAACAUAAGUUAACCCUAAUAAGUGUGGGUCACUUAUAACAACAACAAAAAAAUAAUACAAAACCUGCUUACAGAGAAAGAGUUAUAUUUAAUGCAGCCGUUUUAAAGAGAAAGUCUGGUCACCAUAAGUCACAGAGUUGUGGUUCCAGUGUGGCAGUCUCUAUGUGGUACAGACAAGUACUGCAUGUGAGACUGGUUCAGCUUACUGCCCAGAGUCCCAUAUAAAUAUUGUGAUUAUUAUUUUAUUAUUUAUAUAGCGCCAGCAAAUUCCGUAGCGCUGUACAAUGAAUGAUGGGGGCCCUGUGUCUUGCUGUCAUCAUCCGUUGGAAAGUAUAACUUUACAAACAAGGUAUAUGUAUAAGGGAGGCAAACCCACAAGAGCAAAAGAUACAGUGCUACUCAUGAGUGCCCCUUUUUAAUGGUGUGUUUUGGUUAUAAGUAGGUUGUUUAGAGCAGGACUGGCACAAAAGGUAGAUCCCCUGAUGUUUUAAAACUACUAUAACUCCCAUGAAGCUUUGGCAUUCUAAAGGUAUGCAAAGCAUCAUGGAAGUUAUAUUUCUAAACCAUCUGGGGAUCUACCUGUUGGGCACCCCUGGAUUAGAGGGUACUAAUUGUUAGGAUAACCCAUGUUGAGCGCUAUGGAACCUUACACGUUUGUUAGGAAUUAUACCUACAACACUCCAUAGACUAUAGAUCAGGAUGCCAUCACAGAUAUGAGUGAUUGCAAUUAAAGGAUCACUAUAGUGUCAGGAAAACAAAACGGUUUUCCUGACACUAUAGUGCCCUGAGGGUGCCACCACCCUCAGGGUCCCCCUCCCGUGGCGAUGAAGGUGUUAAAACCCCUUCAGUUACUUACUUUAAUCCAGCACCAGGCUUCCUCGGCACUGGUGACUUCUCCUCCCCCUCCAACGUCUGCUCCCUCUAACGACGUCAGCGGAGCCGAAUGCGCAUGCGCGGCAAGUGCCGAGCGCGCAUUCAAAGUGUCCAUAGGAAAGCAUUUCUCAAUGCUUUCCUACGGACGCUGUGCGCGAUGGAGGCAAAAUGUGCCCCCAGCGUCGCAGAUGCGCCUCUAGUGGCUGUCUGGAGCUCUGAAACUGCUAUGUUUGCAUCUCAAGGGUUAAAACCUGUGGGACCUGGGACCCAGACCACUUCAUUGAGCUGUAGUGGUCUGGGUGACUAUAGUGUCCCUUUAAAGUCCACAGCAAAUCCAAUGCCCACUCUUGGUCUAAUAACAAUUAACAGGACUUAGACCACUAUAUAUCUGUGUACUGACAGCACAUGGUUACAGCUGUACGAUGUGUGACACUAUGACUGCACUACAUUUAGUGGCAAAUUAAAGUAGGGCUACUUCUACAUCACUGUAACAACACUAUUUUAAACUGUAUAUGUUGCUAAAGAUACUUUAACACUGACUGAGAUUAUUCCUGGACACUAGCAGUCACAGACUCUGUAACUUUAAAUGUUAUGUAUUAAAGGGACACUAUAGUGUCAGGAAUAUAGUGUAUCAGAGCAGUGAAAAAAUGUUUCAAUUCACCUUCUCUCUCAUAUAUAGUGAAAGAAAUUUACAAACCUCAGAUUUUUUUUUGAUUUUUUUUUAAUUUGUGAAAUAGUUUGAGAAUAUCAAUGUCAUGUAACAUCUUCUGUAAUGUGUUAGCCUACUUCUAGGUCAGUGAUGGCGAACCUUUUUGAGCCCGAGUGCCCAAACCGCAAUACAUGCCAACUUUUUUUCCCUCAAAGUGCCAACACGGCAAUUAAACCUGAAUACUGAGAUUUAAGUUUAGAAAAAACAACUCGUACAGUUGUCAGAACUAAUUAACCUCUUUUGUUUUAAAAGAAGAACACAACAGAGAGUUCAAUGAUACAAAUUUUAAAUAAUGAUAUAAAUAGAUCAAAUUAAGCUUAUAUUUAUUAGUAUCUCCAAUAAAUGCAAUACAUACACACAGACUGCUGAACACAUUCACACACCGACUGCUUAAUACAUACACACACACAGACAGACAGCUAAAUACACACAGACAGGCAGACAGACUGCUAAAUACACACACACACACAGACAGACUGCUAAAUACAUACACAGUCCGCUAAAUACACACACACAAACAUAUACAGUCCGCCAAAUACACACACACAGUCUGCUGAGUACACACACACAGUCUGGUGAGUACACACAGACUGCUGAGUACAUACAUUGUCUGCUGAAUACACACACAGUCUGAUGAAUACACACACAGUCUGAUGAAUACACACACACACUGUAGAAACAUAAAGACUGCUGAAUACACACACAUAUACUGUGUAUGUGUUUGUGUGUAAGGGUGUGGAGUGUGUGUGGAGUGCUGUGUGUGUGAGCGGGGAGGGGUGCUGUGUGUGUGAGGAGGGAGGGGUGCUGUGUGGGGGGUAGGGGUGCUGUGUGUGGGGGUAGGGGUGCUGUGUGGGGGAUGUAGGGGUGCUGUGUGUGGGGGUGGUAGGGGUGAUACAUUAAAAAUUAAUUUAAAAAGGGGGGACACUGCCAUCCCUGGUGGUCCGGUGGUGGUAAGUAUGUGACAGGGAAGCAGCUCUCCACACAGAUUGCUCGUGGGAGGACAGGAGAGCUGCUUCCCUCCCCCUUCUUCCGGUCCUCCCGACAAGAAAGCAGAGUAGGCGUCUGCCUUUUUUGGGUAGGCAGGUGCCUACUCUGCAUUGAUGGCGAACCUAUGGUCGCGUGCCCACAGAGAAGGCCCGGCGUGCCACCUGUGUCACGCGUGCCAUAGGUUCGCCAUCACUGUUCUGGGUUGAUCAGAAUAAGUUUCAACUUGUGUCAUCAGGAAUGGUUUCAGAAUAAUCUUACAUUUCCCAGUUAGGUAAAAAAUUGUUGGGAAGUAAACGUAUAAGUAAUUUCCAAAUUCAUUUAGAAUGUAACAAAUCGGGCAGCUCAAUGGCUGUGAAAACAACCAACAGGUCUACUACCAGUAUAACCCUUCUUAUUCUUGCAAAUCAUAGUUGAUGGUAUCAAAAUGAAAAAUCACGUGGGUCCAUGGCUGCUCACCUGCUUGAUCCUCAUCUCAAGAGAAAAGCGCCUCAGCGCCUCUCUAUACUCUCACGCAUGUACAGGUGGUCCUCGCUUUGAGACCUACCUGUUUUACGACGGCUCACACUUACAACCAGCUCUCUCGCGGGGUGGUUAGUGCGACCCGUCGUGAGAAUUAGAGGGAUUCCCUGAUCUGCUACAUUCGUCUAUGUUCGGGGACCCUCUAUGUUCGGGGAAAAGGCAAGCACCACCCCAAGAUUUUCCUUUAUUUUGAUUUAAAUGUGGCUUAAAAAGACAGUUUAGUUACCAAAACAACUUAAUCUAAAUGAAGUGUUAUGGUGUCAGAAGGUCCCCAGAGGCACUCUUACCUUAAAGGAUUAAACCAUUCUCAAAUGGUUUAAUCCUAAAAGGACUCACCUCCCCCUAGGCAUUAUCCGGCUUCUGAAAUCUUAAAAAAGUUUCAGAAAGUGGAGAGUGCCGCCGGGGAAGGUUGCAGCUGAUUGGCUGAGAGCAGUCAUCUGACGAUCUCAGCCAAUCAGUGACUCCUCAUUCACAAAAAUGGCUUGAAAAAGGUACGUUUCUUUUCAAGACAGUUUUAUGAGUCACUGAUUGGCUGACAGCGUCAGCUGACUGCUCUCGGCCAAUCAGCGGCUCCCCUACCUGACAGCACUCUGCUCUUCCUGAAACUGAGAUUACAAAAACUGGAGGCCACCUGGGUGGAGAACAGUUUAACUUCUUAAGCUAAGAGUGCGUCCGGGGGCCUCCUGGCACCAUAAUAACUUCAUUUAGAUGACAUUUUUAUUGUCCUAGAUUGGCCCUUUAGGAGUGUUAGUGGCUAUGCACAUUAGCACAUGGUUUGUCCCCCUGUCCACUCUCCUAUACCAUAGAUUGUUAGGUGGGGCUAUAUAACAAACCAGGAGGGGGGUCUCAUAUCUUGAGAGAGGGGGACCUGUUUACUGAUUUUCCCGUAACACUGGGUAGUCACUGAACUCCUUUGCUACCAUGUGCAACCUAAAUAACGCCUCUCUUAUUCUCUCACCUAUGUAUUAAAAAAUGUUAAAGGAACACUGUAGUAUUAUUGAAUACAAACAUAUAUUCCGAAUGCUAUAAUGUCCUGUUACCUAUUUAGGUCUCCACUCCCUGCUGUUUGGGGGUUUAAAAGGUGAGCUUUAGGUACCUUUCAACACACGUUACGCCAGUUUUCAUCCUGCCUCUCCACCUCUUUGGCUGAGAUCAUAACAGUAGGUGAUCUCAGCAAAUCCAAGUUUCACUCACCUGUUUUUGUGAAAGUACCUCAAGUGGCUGUCAGAGUGGAAGCCACGAGAGACAUGGUAAAUGGACACUCCAGACCCCUAAUGCAUUUCAGCUUGCUGAAGUGCCUUAUGUGUGAAGAGUGUAUCCUCUCUUUUUCAUUUUACAAAAAGUGCAUAUUUCAAUAGAAACUGGCACUAUUUUAAAGUAACCUUUGUUAUACCUCCCUGGCUGUCAAUCAGCAAGUCAAUCCUGUUACUUCCUGGUUUGUUUAGCUCAGUGGAGCUAAACUCAAGAAACAGGGAAUUGCCCAGAGCACCUGCCUUGCAAAGACUUCUCAGUAAGCAGUAUUCCUGACCCUAUAGUGUUAAAAGCAUCAUUUAGGUGGCUUCCCCCCCCCCAGUCCCUUUAGAAAGGGUUAAAAAUGUACCCUUUUUCCAGUGCUACAGGAGGAGUGGCCACAGGAGGUGCCCCUAGAGGGCAAUGUGAACACUGCCUUUUCUCUGAAAAGAGUGUCUGAAUGUAAAUUCCUGCAGGGACUGUCUAUACUCAGCAGAACAGCUACAAUGACUAUAGUGUCCCUUUAAUGAUUAAUGGUUGCAUUGCCAUAUAUCUAAAAGGAUUAGGUUAUAAAGUAAAUAUAAAAAAGGUUAGAGGGUGGACUUGUCUGUUCCACCAUUAUAACAAGCCAGUUCAUGUCCAGUUUCCCUUCAUAAACAGUGCUAUAUCUACUUUAUCGCAUGAAUUUCAAGUGAUUGUAAUAGAGGGGUUUAAAUUCUCAUGGCACACAUGAAGGAUAAAUAUGACUAAUGCAGUCAAUCACACUUGGAUUACACAUUACAGAAAUAAACACGCUUCCCAUGGAGCUGGGAAAUCAAAGCAGAGAAAUUUCAGCAGCCCCCUCAACACCCUCUCCAUAGCAGUUUUAGGGCAACCGUAGAGGUGCACCUAGCGUACAGCAUCGCCACCAGCAAUGUGCCCGUAAGCAGACGCCUUCUUGGUGCACCCUCCUGCCACCUGUUACCCGGGUUGAAUUGUCCCCAUCCCUCCUAUACGCUUCUGCUUUUGAGCACUCUGGAUAGGUAAAUUAAAAUGAUUUAUUUCUUACCUAGGGCACAAAAUAGUCUUGCAGCGACCCUUGCCAUGAUCCAGCCAUAGUCAGUUUCCCUGCAUGACUAGCAGCCAAGGCUAUUGCAAAGCAAACACAUUUGUCGACAGAAUAUGCAGCAGUCAGAACAUGGGCAGCCUUGGUUGGUUGCCUUACAGAGCUGCCUAUCCUAAUGGCACAUAUGGGCACUGGUGUGAUACACUCUUUUCACAGCUGCAGGACUCUCUAGCAUACACCCACUCACCUUGGCUUCAAUACCUCUAAAUUGGAGUGCCCUUAGACAAAGCUAAACAUACAGACACAUAGCCUCAUAAUCAUUGUAAAACAGCUGCGAAUGUACAGCAAGCUGGUUAAUCUCAUCUAUACAGAGUUCGUUCAAAUAAAUUAAAUAAAUGGGCACUUCAAGCAUCAUAUGGUGCAUGGAGCUCCAUUUUCUCAUCUGCCUUCUUUAUAUUUUACAUGCUGCAGAGAACUUAAAAUUUAGCAUCACCUAUAAAUCCAAGCUACCACCAGCACUGUAUAAAUCUCAAGGUAAACUGUGCCUUAGUGAGCACUAUCCAGGUGAGUGGCAAAAACCGCUGACCCCAAACCGCCGACGUCUGUGAUUUUUUCAUUGAGUGUGUGUGAAUGUCAGUGUGUAUUUAUAAGUAAAUGUGUGUCUGUCAGCGAGUGUGUGUGUGUGCAUGUGUGUGAGAAUCAGGGCCGGUGCAAGGAUUUUUGCCACCCUAGACAAACAAAAAUUUGUCGCCUCCCCCCAUCACAAUGCCCCACACCCAUAUGAUCUGCCAAAUGAGCCAACGCCAGUGCUGCACACAGUGUCUUUCAUCUGAAAAGGCAUUGUAUUUACAUUAAAAAGCCUGCAGGGACAGGCUAUAGACACCAGAACCACUACAUUAGGAUGUAGAGAGUUCUGGUGACUGUAGUGUCCCUUUAAUGUGAGGUAAAUUAGGGAUUAGUGCAACUAAUAAUAUACUGGAUUGCCUACUUACCACCAGAUGAGGACAAAAGGAUGAUGAUGGAUCAGGCUGCAGUCUGGCUCCACUGGUCUGGUGUUAAAACAGGCUCUUAGAAGCAGUGCUCACAAAAACAACGAACAGGAAGCAGCUCCAUUUUUUUGGGCCCCUUACACAGAUCAUGGUCUGGGCCCCCAGUGUCUGACCGUGAGUAUGCUUACAAGGCCCGCCCAUAAGCCUGAUGCCUACAAGGCCCAUCCAUAAGUUCGCUCACAGGGAGUGAAGUGUAUGUGUGUAGAAGAUGUAAUGUGUGUGUGUUCUUAUGGAAUGUAAUGUACAGGGAUACCGGUUUGUGUAAGGGAUGUAGUGGGUGUGUAUAGGGGAUGCAGUGUGUGUUUGUGAGUAAGGAAUGCAUUGUUGUUUCUGUGUGUGUGUGUGUGUCCGUUUGUGUGUGUUAGAGGUGCAUUGUGUGAAUCUGUGUUUGUAUGUGUAAGGGAUGUAAGGUGUGUUUCCGUGUAUGUAAUGUAAUGAAGUGUGUGAACCUGUAAGGGGUGCAUUGAGUGUGUGUAAGAGAUGCAUUAAGAAAAGCAGUGUGUAUGUGUGUGUGUAAGGGAUACAUUGUGUGUGUGUGUUUGUGUGUGUGUGUGUGUGUUUGUGAGGUAUGCAUUGUGUAUGUGUAAGUGAUGCAUUGUGUGUGUGUAAUGGAUAUAUUGUGUGUUUUGGUUUGUGUAAGGGAAGCAUGGUGUGUUUCUGUGUGUGUGUAUGAUGAAUUGUAUGUUUCAUUGUGUCUGUGUGUGAGUAGGGGUGCAUUCUAUUCAUGUGUGUUUCUGUGUAUGUGUAAGGAUGCAUUGUGUAUGUGUGUAGUGUGAAAGAGGGUUUGUGGGGUAGGAUAGGGGCUGAGAGGGGAGCAGCUCUUUAUUUUUAUUAUUAUAUUUAUUUUGUUAAUAUUUUUUUUUUAAUAUAUAUUUUUAAGUUUUGUGUCUUACACUCCCCUUUAGUGUAGAGCCAAUUGGUUAUAAAGCAGCAAUUUUGAUUAUGUCACAAAGGGGGCGUUUCCAGUGCUGGCGGACCCGAGCGGCGCUGGAAAUAAGGUGAGUUUUAAACUUUUAUAGGUGGGCUAAGGGAGCACAAGCCACCUAAAUGGUGGUUUAAACACUAUAGGGUCAGGAAUGCAGUGUUGCAGAGAAAAUGCAGUGUUUACAUUACAGCCUAGGGAUACCUCCACUAGCCACUCCUAAGACGGCUACAAGAGGAGCUUCCUGGGGCAGUGCUGCAAACUGCCAUUCAGUGUCUCCACCCUCUGCAUGGAGACACUGAACUUUCCUCAUAAAGAUACACUGAUUUAAUGCAUUUCUAUGAGGAGAUGCUGAUUGGUCAGCUGUGUGUUUUGCUUUUGCUGGCUUUGCCCCUGAUCUGCCUCCUUGAUAAGCUCAGCCAAUCGUAUGCUUUCCUAUUGGAAAUCAUUGUGAUUGGCUGAGAGAAUCACUUCUGACGAUGUCAGCCAAGCAGGCAGAUCAGGGGCAUAGCCAGCAGCAGCAGACUGGAAUAAAAGUAAGAUUUUACUAUAUUGGGGCAGGGGGGCUAGAUUUUUUUUUAACACUUUAGGGUCAGGAACACAAGUUUGUGUUCCCGACCCUAUAGUGUUCCUUUAAUACUAUAAGAAAUGAUAUUCCAUGAAAAUUCCACUUUAAAUGUUUCACAGUUCCAGCCAUCUGAGAAAUCUCUUUAAAAUGGUAACUGUAACAGUCUUAAAGCAGCCGUGUUAAGCAGUACUUACCUUUUUUUCAAUUGCUUCAUCUUCUCUUCCUCUUUCCAACGCUGUCUUUCUUCUUUUCUUUUUUUAGUAGGGAUUACUUUGUCUUGUGUAUUUUUCCCAAGCCUGACUAUCUUAGACACUGGGUGGAGUUACAGUGUCGAUCCCAACAGCAGCUACCAGUGAUGGCUGCAGGGAAUUGACUCUGCCUAUGGAGAAUCCUGCAGUCUUGUGGGAUCUUCCAAAGACCUUAAUUCUGUACUCUCAUGCAUGGCAGCACCUGCGAGGGACAGGUUUAGGUAAGUAGAACUCACAUUUCCCUGCAAGCACACCCCCCUCCUCCAGCCACCAGACCACCAAUAUGGAAAGCAGACUCAUUGCUGGGCAGGAUAUAUUGUGGAACAGAAUAAGAUUUGCACUGAUAAUUCUUAAUAAAUUGUUCAUUUCUAUAUGAAAAAUAUAAAAAAGGGUUUUUAUUUGUAAGAGAUCAGUGUGGUAUUUAUAAGCAGUUCAAAAUAUGAACAUGAAAUUAAAAAAAUGAAGAAAUAUAACACGUCCCAUUGCCUCUUUCAACGCGCAUGUAGGCCACCAAAUAUUAAUCAUUCUACAUUGGCCUGCAAACAUGACAUUUCUCAUUUAAAAAUAGAAGCAGAUAAGAAUCACUAGGGAUAAGCGCUUAGCACAGAAAUAAAAGUAACACCUGUCAACUUGUAGGGACAAUCCCUUAUGUGGGAUGUAAGUCCAGUUACUUCUGCAUUUUUUAAAUUUCUUUAUUUUUAUUUAGGGUACCAUAAAUAUGCAGUACUACAAGAUCUAGUUAGACCAGAUUCAAGUAAGCAAUAACAGAGUCUACAAUUUUUAACCUCUAAAAAGCAGUACAAUUGUAGGUAUAGAUGACAAGUUAAGCGGCUUGUAAAAAAAAGUCACAUUGUUUUGACGACUACAUUGUCAGAAAAUACUAUUAGAGCCUGGUCGUGUGAGAAUAUAUUAAAAUGAUACCCUCAUAACCUUUCCUAACAUAAAGCAAUAGAAAACAAAAACAAAUAAGAACCUAGACCCACCAGGAUAAGUCCCCCUGUGCCCUCUCUGCCCACACAGUGGGUUAAGAGCUUGAGGUAAAAUCAAGUAGAAUGGAAGGAUGGGUCUAGAGUAGGCAUGUAAUUCUUCCUCUUUUGCCUGGUUUAAUUCCCAUACAUUGUAGACCCUGAUUUCCCAAUCUGUGCUAUGCGUACCCCAGGGGGUACACGCACUGAAAGCAGGUGGUAUGCUGGGAUCGGAUGGAGCUACAGCUCAAGAGUCCCAGACCGGCCUUGCCAUCACUCAUGCUGAGUGCAAAGGUGGGUGUCUAAUUAGGCGAGUUAGGCUGUCUCCAAUGCAAUGAAUUGAGCAGAAGUGUACAGCAGUUGCUCCAAAACUAGCAUCCUACUCGAAUUAUUCAGAGAAAAUUCAAUUCACAGCUAUUUUAGCACCCAAUAUCUGGGGCAACAAUGGGGUGACGCUCUAAGACAGCAAAGAUCAGUACCUAUCCUAAAUCACCCAACAUUGAAGACUUUUUCCCUGCCAGGCCCCACGGCCACAUCUGACCACGAGGGAGCAACUUUCAACUUCCUCCGAGGCCAGCACAUUGGAGGACCAAGUGAAGAUCUCUCACAGCCCUUACCAGUAUUAAACCACUGUCCCCUGUAGACAUCUCUGUGGUGAGGGAAGAAAUGACCACAUGGGCCUCAUGCAGGCGGUAGUGGAGGACAAGGGGUGCCUACAGAGGCAAACAAGAUGAUAUGGCUAGUGUUAUAUCGAUGCUUCAGAGCAGACCACAUAUAUAUGAGAUAAAGCUGGCAGGAUUUACAUGAAACAACUGGGUGAGAGGUAUCCAAGAGUCUAUAUCCUACGGGGAAAUGCCUUAUUUGCUGAGACUAAUCUGGGCUUACCUACUGUCAUCAUCCAGGGCUAAGACCAUUGCUAUGGACUCCCACUUGCAAGAGUUGCAAGAUCCACCAGAACUUCUGGUACAGUUUCGUACAAAGUAAGCUACAGUAAUGACUGCUGCUAGAGCAUUUCCCACCCAUAGUUUUGAGGGACAUGUCCUGGCCUUCAAUGGUGACUUUUUUCAUACUACUUUUAUCUGGAGGUGAUCCCUGGGACUCGUUACCAAGCUUUUACGUGAAAAUGCUAUCCCUUAUUGGUGGGACACAGGACACCAGCUGAGUGUGCAACACGAGGGAAAACAUCUUUCCGAUGUGUAACAAGCUGAUACUUUCUCUCAGCACUGGGACUUUCGCUACCUGUCCUGUCAGCACCAGAACACAGCAAGAACCUAUGCAACACACUGGAAUGUGGAUACAUUGCAGCCCUUCUACCCAAGGGGUAGUCAAUCUACAGCCAACUCAAAAAUUACUAUAGCUGUUACCUGAACUUUUUUCUGGGCUUUGGUCUGGGCCCAGGGCUAAGCAGUAAUACCUUUAUGUUAUAUCUUUUUAAAUUUGUAGAUUCACCUUUUGCUAUAUCACUGCUGUUGUUAUUUUUCUAUUUGAUUUCUGUUUGUUUUUGUUUAGCUUUUCUAGAACUGCAGAAUAAUUGUUAGAUGACUGUCUGCCCUAGCGAUGUUAGGAUUGCCUCUCCUACAAGAGUGCAUACCCUCUCUACAGCAACACUUUGUUGCGAUUUCAGACGAGAAGAUUAAAGGAACUCUAUAGUGUCAGCAACACAAAUGUGUAUUCCUGAUAUCAUAGUUCUAAAACCACCAUUUAGGUGGUCAGGCCCCCUUACCUCUUGUUAGAAAUGUGAUUUACUCACCUUUUUUCAGCACGGCGCAGGGCUCUUUGUAUCUAGCCCCACCCUCGGAUCCACCACCUUGGCUGACAUCAUCAGAAUUUAUUAACUCAACCAAUCACAAUGCUUUCCCAUAUGAAACAGUGGUGACAGUUGUCCUUUAACUUUGGAACUCAAAAACUACUUUGUCUCAGGAAUUUUCCUGUGCCUGACGCCUCUUGACACUGGGUAGAGCGAACAUCGUCAAGAAGCAUCAAACCCCAGCUGUCACUGGUGACAGCUCAAAUUAGGUAUUUCCAUGGAGGAUCUUGCGAGAUUCUCCAUAGACCUCUCAGCUGUACUCUGGCGCAUGCAAACGAGUACAGCUGUGACAUUGGCUCCUGGAAGCUGAAGUGCUAGGAGCAGAAGAAGACUGGCUGGGAGACGAUGGCGGUGCCCACAAGGGAUGGGUUUAGGUAAGUACAACUAACAUUUGCCUGCCUCCAUCCACUGCCACUGGACGCCCAGCAGUGAUGUCACCUUCGGGGAUCUUUACAAAUUAUGUGAAGUUCCGAGACAGUGUGUUAUUCCCCUGCCUGUCCUGUUUCCAGGAGCCUUCCACUUAUAUAGGCCCUUAGACCCCUCCUCAUGGGAGGGCUCCCAUUCCCUUCUUCCUAUUUAAUCCCUUAAGGACAGUGGACGUGCUAUGCCAUCCUUGGGGACCCAGCUCUAAACGCCGGCAGGCGGCAUAGUACGUCCCCGCCGUCCAGGGGACUAACCUGCUCGCCGGCAAUGCCACGCUGGUGAUCUCAAUGGGGGGACUUGCCUCCUGCUGCUGAUCCGGCCCUCCUGGGCCAUGUGAUCGCGAGGUCCUUGCGAGGACCUCACGAUCACAUAAACAGAAUAGCCGUCCAUAGCAGUGCCAGCAGGGAGAGUGCCUGGAAUGACAGGAACGCCCCCUGCUGCCUGAAAUAAAUGAAUAUAAAGUUAAAACUCAGUGUAAAAUAAAAUAAUAUAUACUUAGAUUAUAUAUAUAUGAUCUAAGUAUAUAUAUAUAUAUAUAUAUAUACAUAUAUACACAUACACAUACAUACACUGUCUAAGUGUAUUUUAAUAUUUAUAUAUAUAUAUAAAUAAUGAUAUAUAUAUAUAUUAAUAUCAAAAUACAGAUAGGAUGUUAUUAAUACAAAAUAUAAUUAUAUAUAUAUAUAAUAUAAAAUAAAUGAAUAAAUAUAUAAAUGCGUUAAAAAUAAAAAAUAAUAAAAAAUAAAUCAUUUAAAUAUAUAUAUGUGGAAUUUCGUUCUAACUGUAUUUUGAUAUUAAUAUAUAUAUUGAUAUCAAAAUACACUUAGAACAAAAUAAUAUAUGUAUAUAUUUAUACAUAAAUAUAUAUGUAUAUUUUUUUAAUUCUACGUAUAUAUUUAUGUAAUAUUUUUAUAUAAUUAAGUAAUUUUAUAAAUUACAGUUUGCGGGACCUGCCUGAUAACCCAGGCAGAAAGUCCAGAGAAUUUAAUUUGCUAGCACUAUAUUUAACCCUGUAACUUUCCAAGACACCAUAAAAUCUGUACAUGGGGGGUCAGGGCCAGACUGGGGAUACAAAGCAGCCCUGGAAAAAAAAUUUGUGCCAGCCCCAUAAGUCACUGCGCCAUAUAUUGUCGCGUGUAAUAUGUAAGGUGAUGUCUUGCCAGGACAGAUGAUUGAGUAAUAUAUAUAUAUAUAUAUAUAUAUAUAUUGCUUUUUCUAAUAUAAAAUAUUGGUCCUUUCAGGGUAAAACGUUUAAUUAUACAGUAAGCAUACUCACAUGCAGACACAGGCAAUUUCACUGACAUCUCAAUGACACACACAAGCUCAUUGAUACACAGCCUCAUAGACAAACAAUCUUACUGAUAUACAUCAGCUCAUUGACAUAAAAACACAAGCUCACUCACUAGCAGGCACAGGCAUGCAAGCAAGCUCACUCACUAGCAGACGCACACACACAGCUUAAUGUGGUGGUACUGGUGUCUAUAGCAUGUCCCUACAGGCUUUUCAACGUAAACACUGACUUUUCAGAGAAAAGGCAGUGUUUACAUUGCUUCAAAGUGACACUGCUAGUGACAGUCACUCAGAUGGUCACUAGAGGUGCUUCCUGUGUUAGUGCACCUACAUUCAGGGCCUCCACACUCUGUAGGUGCUGAACGUUCCCCAUAGAGAUACAUUGAUUCAAUGCAUCUCUAUGAGGAGAUGCUGAUUGGAGUGGCGUUUUGCAGCCAAUCCUAUGGCAAAGCAUUGGAUUGGCUGAGAUCAUCAAGCUUGAUGAUCUCAGCUAUAGAGGCAGGGCCAGUCGAGGGGAGACCAGCACGCUGCGUGGGGAAAAAAAAAAGGUGAGCAAAAACACUAUUUUUAAACACACAUUUACACCAUGACAGACACAGAAACACACAUAUACCAUGACAGAUACACACCCCAUGACAGACACAGACACAGACAGACACACACACCAUGACACAGACAGACACACACCACCAUGACAGGACAGACACACACACACCCUUGACGGACAGACAGACACACACACACACCCCAUGACGGACAGACACACACACCCACACCCACACCCCAUGACACACACACACACACACACACACCCCAUGACGGACAGACACACACACAUACACCCCAUGACGGACAGACACACACACACACACACCCCAUGACGGACAGAAAGACACACACACACACCAUGACGGACAGACAGACACAUACACACCUCAUGACGGACAGACAGACACACAUCAUACAGACAGACACUAUGACAGACAGACAGACACCAUGACACGGACAGACAGACACACACAACAUACAUACAGACAGACAGACACACACACACCAUACAGACAGACACCAUGACACGGACAGACAGACACACACACCAUACAGACAGACAGACACCAUAACACAGACAGACACAUUACUAGUACCUGCCACCAGGGGGAGGUCUUCUGGAGGCCGCUGGGGAGGUCUUCUGGCGGCCGCUGGAGGACUUGUACUGGCUGCCGCUGGGGAGGUCUUCUGACGUCAUAUUCCGGCGCCGGUCUCAUUCAGCUGCGCGCUGGGGAGCAGAGCCAGUGCAGCUCCCCCAGCGGCCGCCAGAAGACCUCCCCAGCGGCCGCCAGCAGGCCCAGGUGUCUGCCCAGCCCCAGGUGCCGACGGCCCACCGGAAAUUUCCUGGUAUCUCGGUGGGCCAGUCCGGCCCUGUGGGGGGUACUGUCUUACUCGAGAGACUUUGCUGAACACAAAUAUUAGUGUUUCAAAACCAUAAAACACAACACAACAAUGAUAUUGUCUGUGAAAGUGCAGUUUUUUGCAUUUGUCACACACAAACAUCACUUUCACUGACAAUAUAAUUGUUGUGAUAAGUUGUAAUGUUUGGAAACACUAAUAUUUGUGAUCAGCGAAGUCUCCUGAGUAUAACAGUACCCCUCAUGUACAGGUUUUAUGGUGUUUCAAAAAGUUACAGAGUCAAAUAUAAGGCUUUUGUUUUAGUUUUUUCACAUUGAAAUUUGCCAGAUUGGUUACGUUGCCUUUGAGAUCGUAUGGUAGCCCAGGAAUGAGAAUUACCCCCAUGAUGGCAUACCAUUUGCAAAAGUAGACAACCCAAGGUAUUGCAAAUGGGCUAAGUCUAGUCAGUUUUGGCAAUAAUGGCAUGUGCAUAAUAUGUCCAGCUUAAAAAAAGUAAUUCAAAAUAAAUUCAUGUACUUGUCUUGAUUUAUAGAGUACAUAAUAUAUAUAGGAUUUCAGCUUAUUUUGAAAGCUAACGGUCACAAAAUAAAAGGACUAAAAUAAAAUUUCAAUGUAAAACAAUUGUAGAAGUUGGUAUGUUUGACUUGUAGGUUUAGUAGCCAUCACAGAAAAAAAAAUGCCACACAAAAGUAUAUAUUUAUAUAAAGUAGUAUUUUGACACUCUUUACAAAGCCAUUUCAACGCCAAUCUCUGCUAAAUAUUGGAGUAAAAUUUUGUUUUUUUCUUUAUUUUGGCAUAUAGACAUAUAACAAGUUUUUGUUAUGUGUAUUUCGUAAAGCUGGUGUGUGCUAUUCCUGCACAGAACUCCAUAUUGUGUUCAGCUACAUCUGCUGAGUAUAACGAUACCCCCAUUGUAUGCCUUUGGCACUAUUCUGUGAAGCUACAAUGUCAUAUUUUCAUAGAUGGAUUUGAUGAGCCUAUGUCUCAUUUUGGGGUAUUUAUAUCAGUGUGAGUAUUCAAAUAAACCCACAAAGGGCUUCCAUUUGAUAAAGCAGACACCCCAGUGUAUCUUAUAUGGUGUAUAUUGUGCCUUAACUUGUCACCAUUUUUUCACCAAUUAUGUCAAUAUUUGUGAUGAGGGGGAAAAAAAUUGCAUUUUUACAUACAUGUUGCAUUUUUGCUGAGUAUUUCUUACACUUGAUAUGUACCACUGUCAUAAAAUCCCCAAAAUUAUGCUCAGUUGAAUCUUCUGAGUAAAACAAUAUGCCCAAUGUAUGACCUAGACACUAUUUUGUGAAGUUACAGUGCUGUAAGAGACGUGACAAGUUCAGGGUUUUAAGUGUGAAUUUUCAUUGAGGGUUUUGAUGCAUCCGUGUCCCACUUUGGAGCACUUGAGCACGCUACGUAUUCCAGCUACACCAUAAAGGUAUAGCAUUUCUUAAAGAAGACAUCCCAGGGUAUUUCAAAAGGCAUAUUUUGAACCUUACCGUGGGAUCAUUUUUCUGCUAGCUUGUACCAAGUGUAGUGGUAAUAAGCAUUUUUUCUGCCUUUUUGACACACAAAGUGAGUUUGCACAGUAUAUUCUGCAAACCAUAUGUGUGUUACAACUGUAUAAUACUUCAUAUGUUGCUCAGCUAUGUCGUCUGAGUACAACAAUACCCCUGUAUGUACCUUUGCCAGGUAUAUGUGGAUGUUGAAGUGGCACAUUUGAGACGCAGCCAUUCAGUUUUUUUCUAAGUUUGAAGUUUUAUGCUGUGUCCAUGUUUCAUUUCGGAGUAGUUUAGCUGGUUGGGUAUUCAAACUACCCCACAAACACAUACUAUUUAUUAAAGAACACACCCCGGGGUAAUUCAAAAGGUAUAUUUUGAACCUUAGUGUGGGAUCAUUUUUUUCGCUAGUAUGGUCCAGAUGUAGUGACAAUGACCAUUUUGUUUAGAAUUUUUUUUGUGUACUUAUUAAAUUUGUUUUACUUUUUUUAAACAUUCUUGAAACUUUUUUUACACUUUUAACAUUUUUAUAAAUCGAUGUUUGACAGAAAGAAAAGUAGAAAAUAGUAAAAAGUUAGCCCCAACCUCACCAUGCACCCAAUUUGCCACCUCUGGGGCUUUCCCACCUAUCCCCUAAGACUAGGCUGGUGAGAGACUUCUUACCAUAGUGAGCAGUCUAAUUCCCCAUCUCCCCACCAUCACCCCUUGUGUUCCUCUCUUAUAUAACAUAUACAUAUAAGCAUCUCAAGGAUACCACUGUUCUGCAUGUUUUGCUCUGGUUCUCCUCAAAGAAGCUAUCGGUAUUUUGCUGUUUAAUCUCCUGAUCCCUAUAAAACCAAAACCUUUUUGUGGGUGUUUCAGGGCUCCUCCAUAGGGCAGGGUACAAGUGCCCUUGUGGCAUUCAGAAGGUGCCUCAAUAUUGAAUGCUUAUAUUUAGAUAUUGAUAGACAAGUAGUAAAAUGUUUUUGAAUGUGAACAGAGAGUUAGUCCCGAAUAUCUCUGUGAGGGUAUCCCUAACCAUCGGCCACUACGGUUUUAUGAUCGGGCAAUCCCACCAAAUAUGCGUAAUUGAUCCUCCACAUCUUUAACACUCUUGGGAGACUUAUUUUAUGUAAAAAUCCAGGUGGUAAAAGAUAGGGUUUAUGUUGACAAUGGAUUACACAGAAGUGUAUACAGAUAUUUGUAACAAAAAAGUAGAUUAAUGUAAUUCCUUCUUGUGGUUAAUUGUUGAACUAGAUGAUAUCCCCAGUGAAUAUUGGCCCUGUGGAUCUGUUCUUAAUCUGGGUUGUCUAGCUUGGCUCUCCACUUGUGGUCAACAUUUCUUCACACUUAAUUUAAACCCAAUAUAUGACUUGACAAUCUUUUCAUUCCUCACCCAUGAUUGUGAACCUUUAUGAAUUUUAGACAUUAUUAUUAUUGUUCUUAUUAUUUGCCUCUUGUUUCUUUAUCCCUAUACUAAAAGACAAAUGUCUGAUAAUACAUAAUGUAUUUUUCGAUUAUUUAAUAUCCUUUAAUGAAAGCAGCACUGUCACCAUCUGGGGACUUUGCAGAAUUUGCAAAGUUCGCCGAUGGUGACAUGGCUGCUGAAGAUCCAGUGACGGGGGAGGGCAGGUAGCAAAGGGGACUUCUAUUUAGCUGAACCUGUCCCUCAUAAAUGUGGUCAUCUUCUCCCAGAAGGUCCCCUUCAGCACCUAGCUCUUCAGCUGCCAGAAGCUGACGUCACUGUUGUACUCUCGCACAUGCGUGAGAGUACAGCAUUGAGGUUUGUGGAGCCAUAGACAAAUCCUCUAUAGACAGAGUCAAUUCCCUGCCAGUGACGGCUGGGGGAUUGGCACUUCUAGACGGCGGUAGCUCCGCCCAAUGUCUAAAAAUGUCAGGGUUAUGAAAUAUUCAGAGACAAUAUAUCUCUUGACUGGGUUGGAAUUUCAGUAAAUUCUAACACAGUCAAUAUGAGUAUUUCAUAAAAAUUCUAUCUUUAUGAAAUACUCUGAAAUACUAAUUUUAUAAAGUGGUGUUUUAAUAUUUUUUUGUAUGAAAAGAGGAAUUACAUUUUAAAUUAUAAAAAAAGAAUGAAAAAACAAACGGUAAAAAAAACAAAAAACAAAAGCAGCUGAAGAAGGUGUAUUGUUAGGAAUGCAGUCUGACAGUGCUGGAUGAGUCAGAAAAAAAUCAAAGUGAAAUGAGAAAGACAGUUAACCAAUUAGAGGCAGUGAACCGUGAGCUGUAGGGGUGAUGUAGACUACUAGAAGGUAGUAAAUUACAGGUGCAGAAGUUCUUACAGCUCCAGGCAACCUCCGAUUUCAGAAAAGCAUAUUAAAUUGAUUUUCUGGUUGCAGUAGGCACAGAUGGUGACGUGGUUAUACGAUGGCAUGCAAGUGAUGACAUUUGUGUCAAUGGCAGCCUCCCACCCAUCCUGUCCUGAUUUAGUACAUGCCACGGUUGACAAGUAUGGUGUGUGUAUGAAUGUGUGGGUCAAUUUUAUUGUAGCAUGAUGUGUGUCUAAGUAUGUAUAGUGAGCGUGUAUGGGUGUAUAAUGCUGUAUGUAUGUGAAUGCAUGUAUGUGUAGCAUAACUGUGCCUCCAUGUUGCUCUUCCCCAACUUUGAGACCUUUAUCAACGGUGGACAGACACAUUCUCAUCAUUCCCUGUUAUGGCAUCUGAAUUUAUGAUUUCAAUCAUAUUGAUACAUUAUUUCUACAAACAGGUCGGCAUCCUUGCUUUAGGCUUCUCCCUAUGCAUGCAACUACAUUAGGUGAAAUUAUCAGGCAGCUGGGUGGAGUCAAUUUACACGAGGUCAACUUAACCAUGGGGCACUUUCUUUCAUUGAGACACUAUAUUAAUAUAUUGCUUUUUGUUUUUCAGGAUUUGUUACAUCAUCUUUCCUCCUACCCUGCCUCUUGAGUCUAGGAAUUCUCCUACCAUUUGUCUCAUUACAGAAUGAAGGUCAGUGGGUGUAAAUAUGCAUGUAAAAUACGGCAUAUCACUGUCAGUAUGAAUGAAGAUGAGGGUUUCUAUAUACAGUCAUGGGAAAAAGAAAGUACACCGUCUUUGAUGUCCAUGGUUUUACAUAUAAGGACAUGAAAACAAUCAUCUGUUCCUUAGCUGGUCUUAGAUUAGGUAAAUACAAUCUCAGAUGGACAACAACAUGUAAAAUAUUACAACGUGUCAUGAUUUAUUUAACAAAAAUAAGCCAAAAUUGAGAAGCCAUGUGUGAAAAACUAAGAACACCUCCAUAAAAAAAGUUGUUGCUGUUUGCUGGGAGCAUUCAGGUGUGUGUUAAAACAAUCCCAAGAAGGAAAGACAUCAGCAAUGAUCUUAGAGAAGCAAUUGUUGCUACCCAUCAAACUGGGAAGGGUUGUAAAGCCAUUAACAAACAAAAAGACCAUCAUUCUACAGUGAUAGCAUUCAAGACAGCUGCUAAUCCUCUCAGGAGUGGACAUCUCAGCAAAUUCACCCCAAGUCUGACCAUGCAAUGCUCAGAGAAAUUGUAAAAACCCAAAAGUUACAUCUCAGACUCUACAGGCCUCAGUUAGCAUGUUAAGUGUUAAAGUUCAUCAGAACUUUCAUCAGUACAAUCAGAAAAUGACUGAGCAAGUAUGGUUUGUUUGGAAGGGUUACCAGGAGAAAGAGCAUGACUUUGGUUUUCAAAGUUGCAUCUGAACAAACCACAAGACUUUUGAAACAAUGACCUUUGGACAGAUGAGACCAAAGUAGAGACGUUUGGCCAUAAUGCACAGCACCACGUUUAGUGAAAACCAAACACGGUAUAUCAGCCCAAACACCUCAUACCAACUGUCAAGCACGGUGUUGGAAGGGUGAUGAGUUGGGCUUGUUUUGAAGCCACAGAUCCUGGGAAUUUCCAGUCAUUAAGUUGACCAUGAACUCCUCUGUGUAGCAAAAUUAUAGAGUAAAAUGUGAGGCCAUCUGUCUGACAGUUAACGUUUGGCUGAAAUUGGGUCAUGCAACAGGACAAAGAUCACAAGCACACCUGCCAAUCUACAGCAGAAUGGCUGGAAAACAAAAAAAUAAUCAAGGCAUUGCAAUAGCCCAGUCAAAGUCCAGACCUAAACCCAAUUGAAAUGCUGUGAUGGGACCUUAAAGGACCACUAUAGGCACCUAGACCACUUCAGCUCAAUGAAGUGGUCUGGGUGCCAGGUCCAUCUAGGUUUAACCCUUUUUGCUGUAAACAUAGCAGUUUCAGAGAAACUGCUAUGUUUACAAAUAGGUUAAUCCAGCCUCUAGUGGCUGUCUCAUUGACAGCCGCUAGAGGCGCUUCCGCGCUUCUCACUGUGAUUUUCAUAGUGGGAAGACGCCAGCGUCCAUAGGAAAGCAUUGAGAAUGCUUUCAUAUGGACUGGCUGAAUGCGCGCGCGGCUCUUGCCGCGCAUGCGCAUUCAGUCGGUGACGGAAGAAGAGGAAGGAUUAAAGGUAAGGGAUUAACCCCUUUCGCCCCCCUCAGCGCCACGGGAGUGGGACCCUGAGGGUGGGGGCACCCUCAGGGCACUAAAGUGCCAGGAAAACGAGUAUGUUUUCCUGGCACUAUAGUGGUCCUUUAAGAGAGUAAUGCAUAAACAAUUGCCAGCAAAUCUCAAUGAACUGAAGCAACGUUGUAAAGAAGAGUGGGCCAAAAUUCCUCCACAAUGAUGUGAGAGACUGAUAGGGUAAUACAGAAAACAAAUACUAUUGCUGCUAAAGGUGGUUCUACAGGCUACUGAAUCAUAAGGUGUACUUAGUUUUUCUCACAUGGCUUCUCCAUUUUGGCUUUAUUUUUGUUAAAUUAAUCAUGACAUGGUGUAAUACGUUAUGGUUUUUGUUUGUCUGGGGUUGUAUUUACCUAUUUUUCAGACCUGCUAAUGAACAGAUGAUUGUUAUUAUGUCCUGAUAUGUAAAAACAUAGUAUUUACAGAGAGUUUACUUUCUUUUUCCCACGGCUGUAAAUAUAUGACAACAAGUGUUUGUGUGUGUGCGUAUUUAGCUGUUCCAAGCCUAAAAUGGACAAUCCUGAUGUUCCCAAUCUUAUCAAUAGGUGCUUAGCAUACAACAUAAACCACUGUCCAGCAUGUGAUAACAGCUGCAUUCAUUAGAUAAGAUACUGUUGCUUGCUGACAUUGCCAUUCCAAGUUUUAUGACUGGAGCAAUCAGGUGGGAUCAUUCAGCCAGAGCUCAGAAUUAGCAAUAAUGAGCCAAUUAGCAUCAGUAUGGAUUUUACUUGCUGUACAAUUACUUGGACAGACAGGGUUCAUAAAGGGACAUUCUUAGCACCAAAACAACAUCAGCUAAAUUAACCAGGUGCGGUGUAUGGAUAUCUUACCUAAAGUCUCACUGCUUAAUUCUAUGCCAGUUAGGAGUGAAAUCACUUUUGUUUCUGUUUAUGCAGCCCUAGCCACACCUCACCUGACUCUGACUCACAAGGCCUCCUUGAAAAAAAAAUGGUUUUAUGUUCAGUCAGGUCUUUCAACACAGUGUGUUUACUUUAGAAGCUUUUAUCUCCUUUAGUCACACAAAGGAUACUGGAUACACAAAGGUAAAUUUAGUCACACAAAGGAUACUGUUGCAUGCUUUCGCAGGUUAUUAAUAGAACAGGAGAUAGGAAAUUCUAAAUUACACACACUAUGCAACAAGGGAUGCUAACAAAUAGUAGACUCUUUCUGGAAGUGUGGUGGCUGUGUAAGACUCAGUCAUGGCAGGUAUAACUAGGGAUAUAUAAACAGACUCAGUCAUUGCAGGUAUAACUAGGGAUAUAUAAACAACAAAGUAAUUUAACUUCUAAAUGGUAGAGAUUUUUGGCUGAUCUAUAUACCAAACCGACUUAAUUAAGCCAAAGUUGUUUUGGUGCUUAGAGUGUCCUUUAAGCUUCCUAUUGCAAUAUCUACCAGUAAUUGUAUAGAAUUCCACCUGCAGGAGUUUCUGUAAAUUGUGUGAAGGAAGAUGAGGAAAGGGGGCCUCCUUGCCCCGUGAGGUAUUUUGUUAUAAUGCGUAAAGAAACACUGCAUAGGAAUGCAAAGCUGUAUUCCUAACACUAUAGUGCCCCUUUGCCUCCCCCCAGCUGUUAAAAAGUUAAAUAACCCUUUAAACUCUUACCUUAUUUCAGCACCAAGGUCCCUCUGCAUUGGCUCCGUCUCUGCCUCCUCCAACGUCAGGAUCUCGAGGGGAAUCCUAAUGCGCAUGUACGGCAAGUCCUGCGCAAGCAUCAGGCCUUCUCCAUAGGAAAGCAUUGAAUCAAUGCUUUCCUAUGGGGGUUUGAAGAGCGGUCUGCGUGCCGAUAGUGUCCCUUUAAUGUGUCCAUUCAAAGAUCCCACUCCAAUAUGGAAUUUCCUACUAGUUUAUCAACCCUGAAUCUAGAUUUAACUGCUGAGGCUAAAGAAACAGGGCAUUCUGUUUUAGAGCAGAUUGUAUUUAUGAAAAGGAACGCUAUAAAUCCUCAAGGAGUUAAAAAUAAUAUGACUACGGUAUAUCCCUUUGUUCAACAAGUACAUCAAAACAGAAUGUACCAAGAGUCCACUUAAUAUUUGGGGCUGAAGUUUUUGGCCCUGCUUGACCGAUUCUUUGGAAUUCUCUCCUAUGCAUACUCAAAGAAUCUGCUAUAAUUGAAAUAUUCUUUCGUUUUAUGCAAGCCUUUGAAUAAGACCCAUCUGUGAAUUUUAAAACUUUAAUUUGAACUUCUAUUUAUGCAUAAAACUGUAGUUUCUUGAACUUGCCUAGAAACAAAGUGGUAGAUAAAUCGUAAUGUAUUCACAAUGUAUUCUUGUCUAUAUUGUCACGAGGACAGGGCUUAAUUUAGUAGACAAUUAUGAAGUUUUAGAGCCAGCUACAUCGCUGUUGGAACUUGACACAUCCAAGUUUUACCUAUCACCUGUGACUCCUCUGUCAGCUGGGGACAAAUUUGGUUUCCAUCUGCUGAAUGAUGAGUUGUGUUGACUGCACUCAAUUUGAUGUCCUGAAAUGGGACACAGAUCCAAGAUAAGUUUGAAAACUAAAAUGGUCUAAAAAGGUCUCUUUAAUUUGGCCCUGUGAUUUGUGACAUAUGUAUGCAGGGCCGCCAUCAGAAAUUGUGGGGCCCCUAACACAGCUCAAGGUCUGGGCCCCCGGGUGCCCGCCUCCAAAUCCCCCCCACAGGAAUACCCACACAAAGACACAAAAGGACACAGACACACACACAGAAAGAUACACACAUACUAACAGACACAAAUACUGAAACAGACAUACACACAUAUAGACACAUACACAGAUACAGAUACACUCACACACACACACAUACUGACAUACAGACACACACACUGACGUACAUACAUACUCACACACUGACACACAGAUACAGACAUACUGACAAACAGACAUACAAACUGACAUACAUACACAUACAUACAUACUGACAUACAUACAUAAUGGCAUACAUACACAUACAUACUGAUAUACAUACAUGCGCACACACACACACACACACACACACACACAGAUAGAUAUAUACAUACACAGAUACAUACAGACAUACUGACAUACACACAUACAUACAUACAUACAUGCAUACUGACAUACAUACUAAUAGAUAUAUACAUACACACAUACAUACUGACAUACACACACACACACUGACGUACAUACAUACUCACACACUGACACACACAUACAAACUGACAUACAUACAUAAUGGCAUACAUACACAUACAUACUGAUAUACAUACAUGCACACACACACACACACACACAGAUAGAUAUAUACAUACACAGAUACAUACAGACAUACUGACAGACAUACAAACUGACAUACAUACACAUACAUACUGAUAUACAUACAUACACACACACACACACACAGAUAGAUAGAUAUAUACAUACACAGAUACAUACAGACAUACUGACAUACUGACAUACACACACACAUACAUACAUACAUACAUACAUGCAUACUGAUAGAUAUAUACAUACACACAUACAUACUGACAUACACACACACACACAUACAUACUGACAUACACACACACAUACAGAUAGACACAUACACACACAGACAUACAUGCAUACUGACAUACAUAUACACAUACAUACUGACAUACAUACACAGACAUACAUACAUACAUACUGACAUAUAUACAUACUGACAUACACACAUACAUACAUACUGACAUACAUACUGACACACACACGUACUUGCAGACACAUACACAGACAUACAUACAUACUGACAAACAGACAUACAUACAGACAUAUAUACAUAAUGACAUACACACACAUACACACAUACAUACACACAAACAUACUGACACACACACAGACAUAUAUACAUACUGACAUACACACAGACAUAUAUACAUACUGACAUACAUACUGACAUACACACAGACAUACUGACACACACGCAUACUGACUGACAUACACACACACAUACAUACUGACACACACACAGACAUAUAUACACACUGACAUGCACACACACAGACAUAUAUACAUACUGACAUACAUACACAGACAUACAUACUGACACACACAUAGACAUAUAUACAUACUGACAAUACACACACAGACAUACAUACUGACAUACAUACUGACACACACACACACAUACUUGCAGACACAUACACAGACAUACAUACAUACUGACAAACAGACAUACAUACAGACAUAUAUACAUACUGACAUACACACACAUACACACAUACAUACACACAAACAUACUGACACACACACAGACAUAUAUACACACUGACUUACACACACAGACAUAUAUACACACUGACUUACACACACAGACAUAUAUACAUACUGACAUACACACUGACAUACACACACACACAGACAUAUAUACAUACUGACACACACAGACAUAUAUACAUACUGACAAUACACACACAGACAUACAUACUGACACACACACACACACACACACACACACACAUACUUGCAGACACAUACACAGACAUACAUACAUACAUACAGACAUAUAUACAUACUGACAUACACACACAUACACACAUACACGCAUACAUACAGACAUACAUGCAUACUGACAUACAUACACACAAACAUACUGACACACACACAGACAUAUAUACAUACUGACAUACACACUGACAUACACACACAGACAUAUAUACAUACUGACAUACACACAGACAUACUGACACACACAGACAUACACGCAUACUGACUGACAUACAUACACACAUACAUACUGACACACACACAGACAUAUAUACACACUGACAUGCACACACACAGACAUAUAUACAUACUGACAUGCACACACACAGACAUAUAUACUGCCACACACACAGACAUAUAUACAUACUGACAAUACACACACCGACAUACAUACUGACAUACAUGCAAACAUACAUACAUACUUGCAGACACAUACACAGACAUACAUACAUACUGACAAACAGACAUACAUACUGACAUACACACACAUACACACAUACAUACACACAGACAUACUGACACACACACAUACUGACAUACACAGACAUACAUACUGACAUACACACACACAGAUGGACAUAUAUACAUACUGACAUACACACAGACAUACAUACUGACAUACACACAGACAUACACACACACCGACAUACAUGCAUACUGACAUACAUACACACAUACAUACCGACACACACAGAGAUAUAUACAUACUGACAUACACAGACAUACAUACUGACAUACACACACACAGGCAUAUAUACAUACUGACACACACAGACACACAUACUGACAUACACACACAAACAUAUAUACAUACUGACAUACACACAGACAUACAUACUGACAUACAUACACACACACAUACAUACUGACAUACAUACACACAUACAUACUGACACACACACAGACAUAUAUACAUACUGACAUACACAGACAUACAUACAUAUAUACAUACUGACACACACACAGACAUAUAUACAUACUGACAUACACACAGACAUACAUACUGACAUACAUACUGACACACACAGACAUAUAUACAUACUGACAUACACACACACACACACAGACGUAUAUACAUACUGACAUACACACACACAGACAUGCAUACGGACAUACACACACACAGACAUACAUACAUACUUGCAGACACAUACAUAUACACACACACUUCAUUUAUCAGCCACCCUGCUCUUACCUUUAAGUUGCAGGAGAGUGGCUAGGGAUGAUGGGAGUGGAUGCCUCUGGUGUCCUCUCCUGUCCUCUGCUCUCCCUCUCCACCGUUCUCCCUCUCCCCCCGCACGGAGUAAGCCGUCACUUCCUCAGAGCAGCACUUGCGCUGUAGCCGCAAUUUUUUUUUUUUUAAAGGGGCCCGGUCGCGCAAUUACACGGCCGCAGCGCUGACAGGACUCUCUACAGGAAGUGUUUAGGAAGGCUUUGUAAGUCACAUGCAGGGAGGUGUGCCUAGGGCUGCAUAAACAAAGUGAUUUAACUCCUAAACAGCAGUGAAUUGAGCAGUGAGAAAGCAGGGCCAUGAUCUAUACACCAAAACUGCUUAAUUAAGCUAAAGUUGUUUUGGUAACUAUAGUGUCACUUUAAUGUCAAGUUAUUUCUACGUUACAUGGCCACUUUUAGUUUUGUGUUUUUAUUAUUUUACUAUUUGUCUGUUAAGUGCUGAAACAACAAUUAUAAUAAUAUUUUCUUCUCUUCCUUCCUCUCUUUCCCCCUACCAAUAAUUCUCCUCUGUUGCCAUCUAUUCUCUAUCUAGUCAGAUCUUACGAACCUACAUCAUCUUUCUUUUCCUUACCCUUGCCCUUUUCCCCUUAUUUUUCCUACAGCCUCGAAAGAACCAACCAAUCCUGGUAUUACAGAAUAGCACCAUCAUUAGGAAUGGAGCAGGACAGAUUGAAAAGUGGCCGCUGACCAAGGGCUAGUUGGAGCCAGCCUCCAACAUGGCAAAUGGCAGUGAGUCAGAGGAGCUUGCUGGCUCUCUUGCCCAGUCAACAGCAAUUUCCACACAUCUCAAACUGGUUCUACUGGGUUUCAUUAUUUGUGCCAGUUUGGCGGGCAAUCUCCUGGUUUCUCUACUGGUGCUGAAAGACCGCUCAUUGCACAAGGCUCCCUACUACUUCUUGCUGGAUCUUUGUCUUGCCGAUGCUGUUCGAUCCUCUGCUUGUUUUCCGUUUGUCCUGCUUUCCAUCCGCAAUGGUUCAGCUUGGGCCUACAGUCUGCUGAGUUGUAAAGUUGUGGCAUUCAUGGCUGUCCUCUUCUGUUUCCAUGCCUCAUUCAUGCUAUUCUGCAUCAGUGUUACACGCUACAUGGCAAUUGCCCAUCAUCGAUUCUAUUCUAAGCGAAUGACACUCUGGACGUGCAUUGCAGUCAUCUGCAUGGUCUGGACACUGUCAGUUGCUAUGGCCUUUCCACCAGUCUUCGAUGUAGGCACCUACAAAUUCAUUCGUGAAGAGGACCAGUGCAUUUUUGAGCAUCGAUACUUUAAGGCCAAUGAUACCCUCGGAUUUAUGCUGAUGCUAGCAGUUCUCAUUGUUGCUACGCAUAUUGUCUAUGCUAAACUUCUCCUUUUUGAGUACCGCCAUCGUAAAAUGAAGCCAGUACAGAUGGUCCCAGCCAUCAGCCAAAACUGGACAUUUCAUGGCCCUGGGGCUACAGGGCAGGCCGCUGCCAACUGGAUAGCUGGAUUUGGAAGGGGGCCUAUGCCACCCACUUUAUUGGGUAUUCGUCAAAAUACCCACACUGCCAACAGGCGUCUUUUGGGAAUGGAUGAGUUCAAAAGUGAGAAGAGGUUGGGGCGGAUGUUUUAUGGGAUUACCCUCAGCUUUUUGGUGCUCUGGUCGCCCUACAUUGUGGCCUGUUAUUGGAGGGUUUUUGUCAAAACCUGCAGCAUCCCCCAUCGAUACCUGUCCACUGCAGUUUGGAUGACAUUCACUCAGGCUGGGGUCAACCCCAUCAUGUGUUUUCUUCUCAACAAAGACCUGAAGAGCUGCCUUCAGCUCCACAUCCCCUGCUGGAGGACGAAAGCAUUGCUACCUAGGGAGCCUUACUGCGUAAUGUAAGAGGGGACAACAAUACUCCCAAACCACACCCUAACCUCAGUGAUCGGGACAAAUGGACAUACUCUUUGAGGAAUUGGUCUGUUUGACUAUUUCACAGUCAUGAAGACGCACACAAAAUAACAAUAGAAAUCUGAAAAGACUUUUUUUUAAAUGUUCCUUUUUUCUAGACCAAGAUGUAUUUGUGAUCCAGACAAAAUGAGGACUUCAGGGGAGGGGAUAUGUGUGCGAGAAUUUCUGGGAUGUUUUUCUAUUUCACCUAUUGCAAAGGGAAGAAGGGUGAUGGAUGGGUGGUGGGAGGAGAUGAAGGGAAUGCAAAGUGUAUUAGGUGGGAGGGAAAGGGAAGGAUUGAUGGGAAUUUAUGUAUUUGUUAAUGAACUUAUUUAUUGACAUGGUUAUAAUGCCAACCACUUGUAUGAACGUCUUUUGACUGACAUGAAUGUAAGAGAAAUCGUUUUCUAUUGCAUUAGUACGUUCGCAAGAUGUGACUAUCAAGCGUGAGGAAAAAAAAAUGAAAUAUGGUCAUCGGA